CGCACCGGGAAGCUGGUUGGUGCGUCAGCCUCACGCGCGUGGAAGGAAGCCGACCCGAGGCCCUGGGCGGCCCGCUGCGGGCGCCUAGGCACGUCCGCAGGCUCUGCCGGGAGGUGGCUGCCGCUGAGAGGCGGGAGAGUCGAGGGCGGGCCUGGGAGGCGGCCCGGAGGUGGGGCGCUACCGGGGGCCGGCCCGCUCGGGCUUCAUCUGCGGACGCGCGGCCUGCGCCCCAGUGCUGGGACCGCGAGGCGCCGGGCGGCGAUCGGCCAGAGCGGCUAUGGGGUGCCGCUGGGCUUUCCUGAUCGGCCUCCUGGGGGCCAUGUGGCUGCUCGGCUCGGGUCACGGUGGGCAGCAGGCCCCUGAGACGGCGGCGCAGAGGUGCUUCUGCCAGGUUAGUGGUUACUUGGAUGAUUGUACCUGUGAUGUUGAAACCAUCGAUAAAUUUAAUAACUACAGGCUUUUCCCGAGACUACAAAAACUUCUUGAAAGUGACUACUUUAGAUAUUACAAGGUAAACCUGAAGAGGCCAUGUCCUUUCUGGAAUGAUAUCAACCAGUGUGGGCGAAGAGACUGUGCUGUCAAGCCUUGUCAGUCGGAUGAAGUUCCUGAUGGAAUUAAAUCUGCAAGCUAUAAGUAUUCUGAGGUAGCCAAUAACCUCAUUGAAGAAUGUGAACAAGCUGAACGACUUGGAGCGGUGGAUGAAUCUCUGAGUGAGGAAACACAGAAGGCUGUUCUUCAGUGGACCAAGCAUGAUGAUUCCUCAGACAACUUCUGUGAAGCUGAUGACAUACAGUCUCCUGAUGCUGAAUAUGUAGAUUUGCUCCUUAAUCCCGAGCGCUACACGGGUUACAAGGGACCGGAUGCUUGGAAGAUUUGGAAUGUCAUCUAUGAAGAAAACUGCUUUAAGCCACAGACGAUUAAAAGACCUUUAAAUCCUUUGGCUUCUGGUCAAGGGAAAAGUGAAGAGAACACUUUUUACAGUUGGCUAGAAGGCCUCUGCGUAGAAAAAAGAGCAUUCUACAGACUUAUAUCUGGCCUGCAUGCAAGUAUUAAUGUGCAUUUGAGUGCACGAUAUCUUCUGCAAGAAACUUGGUUGGAAAAGAAAUGGGGACACAACGUUACCGAAUUUCAGCAGCGAUUUGAUGGAAUUUUGACUGAAGGAGAGGGUCCAAGAAGGCUUAAGAACUUGUAUUUUCUCUACUUAAUAGAAUUAAGGGCUUUAUCUAAAGUGGUACCAUUCUUUGAGCGCCCAGAUUUUCAACUCUUCACUGGAGAUAAAGUCCACGAUGCAGAAAACAAAAUGCUACUUCUGGAAAUACUUCAUGAAGUCAAGUCAUUUCCUUUGCAUUUUGAUGAGAAUUCCUUUUUUGCUGGGGAUAAAAAAGAAGCAAACAAACUGAAGGAGGACUUUCGACUGCAUUUUAGAAAUAUUUCAAGAAUCAUGGAUUGUGUUGGUUGUUUUAAAUGUCGACUAUGGGGAAAGCUUCAGAUUCAGGGUUUGGGUACUGCUCUGAAGAUUUUGUUUUCUGAGAAACUGAUAGCAAAUAUGCCAGAAAGUGGGCCCAGCUAUGAAUUCCAUCUAACCCGACAAGAAAUAGUAUCAUUAUUUAAUGCAUUUGGAAGAAUUUCCACAAGUGUGAAAGAAUUAGAAAACUUCAGGAAUUUGUUACAAAAUAUUCAUUAAAGAAAACAGAAAACAAGUUGAAACCUGCCUGUUUCUGGACUUUGAAGGCCAAAGAGUAGAAUUUCAUUCAAAGGCAUAAGAGUAAUGACAUUCUUAAGCCAAACAUUUUAUAUAAAGCUGCUUUUGUAAAAGGAUAAUUAUAUUGUUUUGAGUAAAUAAUUUUUUUUAAUUGCGUUAAGUUUAUGUAUAAUAGUAUUGUGAGUAAAAGUAACACUUUGAUGAUGUGGUAUAAAUUUUAAAGUUUAAUACUGAAUAUAAUCAGGAUUUUCAAAUUCAUAUAUGUUAAAACUAAGUAAAUGUUAUAAGUCUCUCAGUUUUGUGUGAGAAGAUGUAAUAUAAAUAAAACUGUGGUCAGAGUGUUAGAGCGUUUAAUAGGAAAAUGCUAAGGAAGCUCAUGAAUAUCCAUAAUUAACAACUUAAGAGCUUUCAGUACAUUUAUGGUUACCAGAUUUAGUAAAUAAAAAUACAGAAUGCUCAGUUAAAUUUGAAUUUCAGAUAAACAAUAAUUUUUUUAUAUAAGUAUGUUACAUGCAAUGUUUAAGACAUACUUAAACCAAAAAUAAUUUCUUGUUUAAAAUUCAAAUUUAACUGGGAGCCCUGUGUUUUAUCUGGCAACCCAGAAGUACAUUGAUAUGAAGUAUGAAGUAAAAAAGUAUGAGAAUUAUAUUGCAAUUUAGAUUGGCUUUUUUUAGUGUGUAGAAAGAUACAAUGACAACUCAAAGACUUAGGGGAUUUCUACACAUUGUGAAAAGUUGAAUAGAUUUAUAUAUUUAUUCUCAUAAUACUUUACCUAAUGCUGAAUAAAAUUUGGGAGAAGCUUUUUAUUUUUAUAGAAUUUCAAAUUUACAGAAAAGUUUCCAAGGUAGUACAAAAGAACUCUUUACCCAGAUUAACUAAUUGUUCACUUGUGCUUUAUCUUUCAUCUCUGUUUAUACACAUGUAUACUAUUUUUUUCCCAAGUCAUUUGGAAGUCAGUUCCAGGCAUCAUGCCCUUUGAACCUUAAAUAUUUUCAGUGUGUAAUACUGGAUAAUUCUUUUUAAAUGAUUUUUUCUGAAGAAAAAAAGAAAGUGGAACUAUAAUACUGUAAGCCUUAAAAUAAGGAAUCAUUUUGAGUGCCAGUGUAAAUAAAGUUCUUUUUGAGUUUGUUGUC